CGCGGAUGGAUUCUCCCGCCGGGCGCGCACGGCGUGCCACAAGUUUCCAAAGUGAGAAUAAGUUUCUGCAGCGAGAGCGACGGGGCGGCGGAGCGCGAAGAAGAUGUCUGACAUCGGAACAGAAGAGGUUCAAGAACUCCCUCAGCCCGAAGGAGCUGAGACCGUCCCCGCGAUCAGUGAUGCUUCCAAUCUUCCGGACAAGAGUGGCAUGGCAGAGCCCGCUCAGGAACCCAUCGAGGAGCAACAUCCCAGCACCAAUGCAGUUCUUGGCGUUCCGAAGGCGGCGUUCCACGACGGCGGAGAGGCCCUGGAUCUCCGGGACGACGGCUGCCAGUCCGGCGAAUACGGGGGCGCCGACGGUGGCGGCCUGGCGGAGAACGAGGGCGACCACUUCGGCCGCCAGGCAUCUACAGUGGAUGGUACUAGAACAGCUAAUGGAAAACUGACAUGUGAUAUCUGUGGACUCUCCUGUGUCGGACCUAAUGUCCUCAUGGUACACCAGCGAAGCCACACUGGUCAGCGGCUGACAACCCUGUGGGGAGCCUCCCACUCGUUCGCCUCCCCUCGUCGGGCGCCUGAUGUCAAAGCUAGGUCGAAAGCAACGUUAAAAGUCUCGCCGCGACGCGGACCGGCCGUCGCCCCGGGCCAAAAAUUCUCUCUCUUCUUCUUUUUUUUUAACGCGGACCGGGGGAGUGCGCGGCGCCCCCUGAACGACAGCCGGGGCCGUGCGCGCGGCGGUCGAAAGAGAAGGCAGGCCGACGGCUGA